AUGUCCGUUCUUCGACGAAGGUCCCUCUUAGUCACAGAAGAACCUUCUCAGGGACCGCUGUUGAAGAAGGUGGCAGCGGUGGAUCUGUUUCCCAAACCAAAGGAGGAUUACACUCGCGUCCAGACGUAUCGCGGUGCAGUGGUGAGCCUUGUUACAGUGAUUGUCAUUGCAUUGCUUGUUUCUUGGGAGGUUUGCUCUUAUAUGCUGGGGCGAGAGGCAUACAAAACAGAGCUAAGUGUCGAUACAAGUGUAGCUACAGAAGUAGACUUUAAUCUGGACAUCACCUUCCCUAAAGUACCCUGCCAUGAAAUUUCACUGGAUAUAUUGGAUGUUACGGGAACAUUUAAGCUUAAUGUCACACGGAACCUUCUUAAAACCCCUGUAGAUUCAAAGGGACAUCUCGCGUUUAUUGGUCCUCGCCAGGGUAUUGGCAAACACGGUAUCUCUCGUUACGAAGCCAAAGAUGAUCCGAACUCACCGGAGUUUUGUGGGAGUUGCUUUUUUGGUAAGGAUCAAGCACCUAUUGGAAAAGAUCAAAAGCUUUGCUGCAAUUCAUGUGAGGAAGUCAUGAAGGCACAUGACCAAAAUAAUCUACCAAGACCACCGAAAAAUGAGGUUGAGCAAUGCAUUUACGAGUUGUCGCGUCUCAAUCCAGGAUGUAAUUACAAGGGGACCUUGCGGCUGAGGAAAGUCGGUGGGAGGCUUUACUUUGCACCGAAACGAGUGGGCGGAGGUUUCCAAAUUCAGGAUGUCAUGCGGUUUGAUUCAAGCCACAAAAUUAAUAAACUUACUAUUGGCGAUGAACGUGUUACCCGUUUUUCUCGUCGUGGUGUUCAUUACCCACUCAAUGGCCAUGAAUUUGACGCCCAAAGGCGUUUUUCUGAAAUCAGGUACUUUUUAAAAGUGGUACCUACCACGUAUCCUAGUUGGAAAAAUGCAGUUUUGAAUGCAACUUACGAGUAUGGAGUACAGUGGAAUCAUCGAUUCAUACCCAUCGGAUUUGGACAACUACCCUCUGUUUCUUUUGGGUUUGAGUUCCAGCCAAUUCAGGUGAAUAAUUACUUCAAGCGACCAUCGUUUUCUCAUUUUCUGGUGCAACUUUGCGGCAUCGUUGGUGGACUUUUUGUCGUUCUUGGUUUGAUCGACUCUCUUGUUAUGUGGAUAGGGAACUACUUCUGA